CUUGUGCGGCUUCCUCGCUGUUGUGUGCUCCGGAUGUGUUUUCGAGUGCUGGGUUACGGCCGUGAGAGGAGGAGGAGGAGAUGCCUCUGCCCGUACAAGUCUUUAACUUUCAGGGGGCGGUGGAGCCCAUGCAAAUAGAUGCUGACCCCCAAGAAGACCAGCAGAACGCUCCAGAUACCAAUUAUGUAGUGGAAAAUCCAACACUGGAUCUUGAACAAUAUGCAUCUAGCUAUAGUGGCUUAAUGAGGAUUGAAAGGCUACAAUUCAUUGCUGACCACUGUCCUCAGCUGCGCAUUGAAGCUCUUAAAAUGGCACUUUCAUUUGUCCAAAGAACUUUCAAUGUUGACGUAUAUGAAGAAAUCCAUCGUAAGCUUACUGAUGCCACCAGAGAAAUACAGGCGGUCCCUGAUGCAGUCCCUGAAGGAGGAAUUGAACCCCCCCCACUUGACACAGCCUGGGCAGAGUCCACACGAAAAAAAGCUUUGCUUAAACUCGAAAAACUGGACACUGAUCUGAAGAACUACAAGGGAAACUCAAUCAAAGAAAGCAUUAGGAGGGGUCAUGAUGACCUAGGAGAUCACUACCUUGAUUGCGGAGAUCUCAGUAAUGCACUGAAGUGUUAUUCCCGCGCGCGAGACUACUGCACCAGCGCCAAACACGUCAUCAAUAUGUGUCUUAAUGUUAUAAAGGUUAGUGUUUAUCUUCAGAAUUGGUCUCAUGUCCUUAGUUAUGUUAGUAAAGCUGAGUCCACUCCAGAAAUUGCAGAGCAAAGAGGAGAAAAAGACAGUCAAAAUCAAGCAGUCCUUACAAAACUAAAAUGCGCUGCAGGUUUGGCAGAAUUGGCCUCUCGAAAGUACAAACAGGCUGCUAAGUGCUUUCUGUUGGCUUCAUUUGACCACUGCGACUUUCCUGAGCUUCUUUCACCUAGUAAUGUAGCAGUUUAUGGCGGGCUUUGUGCUUUAGCAACAUUCGACAGACAGGAACUUCAAAGGAACGUUAUUUCUAGCAGCUCAUUUAAAUUAUUUUUGGAAUUGGAACCUCAAGUUCGUGAUAUUAUCUUUAAAUUUUAUGAAUCAAAGUAUGCCUCCUGCCUGAAAAUGCUUGACGAAAUGAAGGACAACCUUCUGCUAGACAUGUAUUUGGCACCUCAUGUGAGGACACUAUAUACACAGAUCAGGAACCGGGCUCUAAUACAGUACUUCAGUCCCUAUGUUUCAGCAGACAUGUAUAAGAUGGCCACAGCAUUUAACACCACAGUAGGAGCACUGGAAGAUGAGCUGACCCAGUUGAUUUUGGAAGGGUUGAUCAAUGCAAGAAUUGAUUCACAUAGCAAGAUUCUAUAUGCCAGAGAUGUGGAUCAAAGAAGCACAACAUUUGAAAAGUCUUUGCAAAUGGGAAAAGAGUUUCAAAGACGAGCAAAAGCCAUGAUUCUGAGAGCUGCAGUGCUGCGCAAUCAGAUACACGUAAAAUCCCCUCCUAGAGAAGGAAGCCAAGGUGAACUCACACCUGCAAACAGCCAAACACGAAUGAGCACCAACAUGUGAAGAUUUUAAAGCAGAUGCCUCUGUGCAGAAACAGGGCCCAGACAGCAUCCCGGACAUUGGUCCUGAUAGAAAUAAGCAAUUUUCUUCCUGAAAAAAAGAAUGAAACAAAAGACUUUAUUUAAAUGGGAGGAUGUUGUCUUGGUUAUCUAGGUUAAGGACAAGAACAAAAGGCCUGUUGCUUGAAUGAAAAAAGUAAAGUUUUACAGCUCUUAAGCUGUGCCGUCUCGCUGUUCUUUGUUUAAAGAUGCAGUUUCCUUUGUAUCUUGUGAUGAACCUUGAAUACACACAGAAACCUCAAAACUGAAACCUAGCAAAUUAUCUCAUUGAUUUUUUUAUGAUAAACUUGAAUUAAUACUCAGCACCUUUUAACAAGAAUUUGGUUUUGAUCCAUCAUAAGUAUAUCUUUCAGGUGGCACUUUGAAAACACACAUUUGUUUGGAAUCGGUAAAUGUUUCUUUAUUGAAGCUGUGUCGAUGAGCCUUUACUCCAGAAGCUUUGCUAAUAAAGCAUCUUGGUGCCUCUUA